AUAAGGGGUCCGCUGACCGAGAAGCACCACCACACGGAAGUGUAGGCCACGAGAUCAACGCUGGCGCCCUGAAAUUCCGUUCCAGGGCCGGCUCCAUUCGCUGUCUCGCUGAUGCUGUGUGUCCCUCGCGAGGCACCGUUGGAUCGCCUAGGAGGCGUGACUGGGUGCUGGGAUGAGGGCGGGAGAGGACGGUGGAGGCGGGGCUGCCGCUGUCAUGGACGCCUGGGUCCGCUUCAGUGCUCAGAGCCAGGCCCGGGAUCGGCUGUGUAGGGCCGCCCAGUAUGCUUGCUCGCUCCUCGGCCACGCACUGCAGAGACACGGGGCCAGCCCCGAGCUGCAGAAACAGAUCCGACAACUGGAGGGCCAUCUGAGCCUCGGAAGGAAGCUUCUGCGCUUGGGCAACUCAGCAGACGCCCUUGAAUCAGCCAAAAGAGCUGUGCACCUGUCAGACGUUGUCCUGAGAUUCUGCAUCACUGUUAGUCACCUCAAUCGCGCCUUGUACUUUGCCUGUGACAACGUCCUAUGGGCUGGAAAGUCUGGACUAGCUCCCCAUGUGGAUCAGGAAAAGUGGGCCCAGCGUUCAUUCAGGUACUAUCUGUUUUCUCUCAUCAUGAAUUUGAGCCGUGAUGCUUAUGAGAUUCGCUUAUUGAUGGAACAAGAGUCUUCAGCUGGUAGCCGGCGAAUGAAGGGUUCUGGAGGAGGAGGAGUCCCAGGAGGAAUUGAACCUGGGGGACCUGGGGGCCCAGGGACUCCAGGAGGAGGCCUGCCCCAACUGGCUCUGAAGCUUCGGCUCCGGGUCCUGCUCCUGGCUCGGGUCCUUCGUGGGCAUCCCCCUCUUCUGCUGGAUGUGGUCAGAAAUGCCUGCGAUCUCUUCAUUCCACUGGACAAACUAGGCCUCUGGCGUUGUGGCCCUGGGGUUGUGGGGCUUUGUGGUCUUGUGUCCUCCAUCCUGUCUAUUCUCACCCUAAUCUGCCCCUGGCUACGACUCAAGCCCUGAUGUUCUGGUAUAGGAUAAGGAGGGGAACUAAACUAGUGAGGUGGAAUUUUAGAUUGCAUCCCCCCCACCACCUGUACCAUCCUCAUUCCAAUUCUACUCCUUAAUUGAAAUUAAAAUCCAGAGAUUUGGGGGUGAAGGAAGGAACUUUGGGGAAGAUGAGGUGAGGACAGAUGACUUGCCAAUAGAAUGAUUCUAAUACACAGCUAUGCCUGAGGUUUUAUUCUUUUAUUUUUUUCAUUGUCUGUGUCUCUUUUGAUGUAAUUUAUCAAUCUUAAGUCAAUUUAAGAGUCUAUCUCUGUGUAUCUUUUUUACCUUCUCAGACCUCUGUCCAGAAAUUUAAAAUGGGAUUGCUUUUUGGUAGGGGAAGUUUAAGAUUUGGUUUGAAAGGUUCUAACUGCCUUUUUAUUCUCAGAGAGGUAGCUCAUAGCAGGUUUUCUCCUUUAAACUCAAAGUCAUAAUUUUUAUGUUCCAGUGUUUUCUCCUAUCUCUGUACCACAGGUUGAUAAUUUUUCUUCCUCCCUCGUAUCUACCUCACCAACCUCCAUUAUGAUUCUCUGUAUCCACACCUUCAGAUUUCUGCUUGCACUUGAUUUCAGAGUUAUGUUCCCCAGCUGCGUCUUACCCCAUCUUUGCCUAUCCAAAUGGAUGCUGUGUCUAGCAUCUUGUUGUAAAUACUGUACAGUGAUCUUUGUAAAUAGCCAUUGCCCAUGCCCACAGUGAAGAGCAAGCCUUCGAGGUCAGCAAAUUAAAGAUCAGUUUGCUCAUUGACA